GAGAACGCUAGGUCACGUGAUACUGUCACUGAGGCGGAAAUGAAAGUUCACUAGCGACAGCGGCGGAGCACAGCUGAAAAAGAGCUGUGAUGUCAUGGCAGCUGCCGGCGUGAGCAGACCUGGCAGUGCCCAGACCACUGAGAAGUCUCAGUUGACCUUGAAAGUGGUGUCGGCGAAGCCCCAGUCCCCAAAGCUGCCGAACCGGCACUCUCGGCUGAGCUCCUUCGUUGAGGUGACUGCAGACGGCCUCACCAGUGAAACCAAAAAAACAGGCAAACGUAGCGGGCACCUUGAGCUGCAGUGGAACGAAGACCUCACCCUUAAUGUGACGCCACAGAGUCGUCUGGAUCUAAAGCUGUGGAGCUGCCACACCCUGAGAAAGGAGCUACUGGGCAGCGCAACCAUAGACCUGCUGGACACGCUGCGCUCGCACGAUGGCAAGAUGGAGAACGUCCAGCUGAGCCUGGUGCUGCAGACGGAGAACAAAGGCUCGGUUGUAGCAGGAGGCGAGCUCAACGUCUGUCUGGACGGCAUGGUUGUUGAUCUGGGCUCGCUGCCCAACGGCAGCACGGCAGCAGACAAGAUACUUCAGUCGGAUAGACCCAACCUGAGGAGGACACAGAGCGAGGAGACUCCCAGUACAGCGGGAUCACAGGCCAGGAGCAACAGGCACUCAGUGGGGGGUUCGCAGGGUGAGUCCUCGGGGGACUCCAGAGGGAGCUCUCUGACAAAUGGGGAUCUGAGUGAGGAGCAGAUCCCCGGACCCGUUGCUCGCCGGCAGUCCUCUAAGAGUCACGGCAGCCCCGGAAACAGCGCAGAUAAGGUUGAGCUGACGUCUAAUGGACUGGAGAACAAUCGCGGCGUGUCCCUACACACGCCUCCUCCUUCUUCUCCUUCGGGCAGGUCUCCAGCUGCCAGCAGCAGCAGCAGUAGCCCCUCUCCUGGUCAGCAGGAAGCCCUGGGUCCAGCUGCCUCAGUGGAGCCCAGCUCCAACACCACCUCUAGCACGGAGCAGGCCAGCAACAGCACCACAGAGCCCACCACAGACUCACUCCCAGCAGGCUGGGAGCAGAGGGUGUUGCCUCAUGGCAGAGUGUACUACGUUGACCACAACACCAAAACCACAACGUGGGAGAGACCACUGCCACCGGGCUGGGAGAAACGAGUGGACCAGCGGGGCAGGUUCUACUAUGUGGACCACAACACCAGAACCACCACGUGGCAGAGGCCUACAGCCGAGUCUGUGCGAAACUACCAGCAGUGGCAGAGCCAGCGCAGCCAGCUGCAGGGCGCCAUGCACCAGUUCAGCCAGCGCUUCCUCUACCAGCCAUCCGGUGCUCCGGUGGAAAAUGACCCUCUGGGCCCGCUGCCUCCUGGAUGGGAGAAGCGUCAGGACAAUGGCAGGGUGUAUUUCGUCAACCACAACACACGGACGACGCAGUGGGAUGAUCCUCGGACCCAAGGGAUGAUCAAGGAGCACCCCCUGCCCCCGGGCUGGGAGAUGAAGUACACCGCCGAGGGAGUCCGAUAUUUCGUGGACCACAACUCGCGCACCACCACCUUUAAAGACCCUCGACCUGGGUUUGAGUCAGGGUCACGGCAGGGCGGUUCACCAGGCGCUUACGACCGCAGCUUCAGGUGGAAAUACCACCAGUUCCGUUUCCUGUGCCAUUCUAAUGCCUUACCCAGCCACGUGAAGAUCUCCGUGUCCAGACAGACGCUGUUUGAAGACUCGUUUCAGCAGAUCAUGAACGUGAAGCCAUACGAUCUUCGUCGCCGGCUCUACAUCAUUAUGAGAGGGGAGGAGGGGCUGGACUACGGUGGCAUCGCCAGGGAGUGGUUCUUCCUGCUGUCCCAUGAAGUCCUGAAUCCCAUGUACUGCCUGUUUGAGUAUGCUGGCAAGAACAACUACUGUCUGCAGAUCAACCCAGCAUCCUCCAUAAACCCCGACCACCUCACGUACUUUCGCUUCAUCGGUCGCUUCAUCGCUAUGGCUUUGUAUCAUGGAAAGUUCAUCGACACCGGCUUCACGCUGCCUUUCUACAAGCGAAUGCUGGACAAGAAACCCACUCUCAAAGACCUGGAGUCCAUAGACCCGGAGUUUUAUAACUCCAUCAUGUGGGUCAAAGAGAACAACCUGGAGGAGUGCGGUGUGGAGCUCUAUUUUGCACAGGACAUGGAGAUCCUCGGGAAGGUUUCCACUCACCAGCUGAAGGACGACGGGGAGAACGAGCUGGUCACCGAGGAGAACAAGGAGGAGUACAUCAGCCUGCUGACAGACUGGAGGUUCACCCGCGGGGUGGAGGAGCAAACCAAAGCCUUCCUGGACGGCUUCAACGAGGUGGUGCCUCUGGAGUGGCUUCGCUACUUUGACGAGAAGGAGCUGGAGCUGAUGCUUUGUGGGAUGCAGGAGAUCGAUUUGGCCGACUGGCAGAAGAACACCAUCUACCGACAUUACACCAAGAACAGCAAGCAGAUCCACUGGUUCUGGCAGGUGGUGAAAGAGAUGGACAAUGAGAAGAGAAUCCGUCUGCUUCAGUUUGUAACGGGAACCUGUCGGCUGCCCGUCGGAGGGUUCUCCGAGCUCAUAGGAAGUAAUGGUCCCCAGAAGUUCUGCAUAGACAAAGUGGGGAAGGAGACUUGGCUUCCAAGAAGCCACACAUGCUUCAAUCGUCUGGAUCUGCCUCCCUACCGAAGCCUGGAACAGCUCCGAGAGAAGCUCCUGUUCGCCAUCGAGGAGACGGAGGGAUUUGGACAGGAGUGAGACGAGGAGGCAGAGACGGACGACACUUAAAUCGACGAAUAGUUUUUUGUUAUUGGUCUUAUUUUGCGUUUGUUUGUUCAUCACAGGGCUGAGGAGUCACCUGUCAGCUAAACAAGCCCUCACCUGGGCGAGGAUCAUGUUAGUGAGCUAGUGAGCUGAAUCAUGGGAUCAGGCUUGAGGCACAGGAACACAGAAGAGUGAAUGCUUACGUGUGUGGGUGUGAGUGUGGUUGCUCAUGUUAAUGCCAUUGUGUAUUUGCAUAUAAAUGGUGUGUAUGUGUGUGGAUUAAACAGGAUGACCACUCCCCCCCCCUUACUCACUGCUUAGAACCGCACCAAAACCAGACGACAUGAUAGUUUUAAUGUCAGCAGCGACUCACAGCGACAGCACAGCUACCCGCAAAUGCAGUACAACAUAUCUACCAGAGAGACGUACAUUUUAAGCAUAUUAAAGCAGCGAGACGGCAGCGUGUGAGAGGAAGCUGUUAUCGUGAACUAGUGCGCCUCUGUUACAGAGGUCAGAGAGAUGAGAUGCGAUUUUAUUUUUUCUGUUGAUUGUGAAAUUCAGUCGAUUUCUCCUGUAUAUAACUCAAAUAAAUGAGAUUUCAGUCAUAA